AUGGACACUCCACAACAAGAAGAAGACAAACUCUCACCGCAAGCUAAGUGGUGGGUCGAUGGUCAACGCAUUCGAUACAACGGCUUCUGGUUCAAACCAGAAUUCAUCACUGCCUCUGAAGCCAUUAGAGCACACUACAAACCUCUUCCUUCUGACAUUAUCCUUGCCUCUUUCCCCAAAACCGGUACCACUUGGCUUAAAGCCCUGACCUCCUCCAUUCUCCGACAUAGCUCAGCAUCAUCAUCCAUACAAGACUUAGAUCAUCUCAAUCCCCAUGAGGUCGUGCCCUUUUUGGAGAUCGAGAUGUUUGGCAAAAACCCAUCCAAGGACAUAACGGAGCUCUCUUCUCCUCGGCUUUUCAGCACUCAUCUUCCUCUCUCUUUCUUGCCGGAGACUGUCAAGACCUCAGGCUGCAGAGUCAUUUACAUAACUCGCCAUCCAGCAGACACUUUUGUCUCUCUCUGGCAUCUCUACAACAAUAAGUUCGGGACAGAGAUCUCGAUCCGACAAGCCUUCAAUGACUUCUGCAAAGGCCUUGUCCCGGCUGGUCCCUACUUCGAACACGUCCUUGAGUUCUGGGAAGCAAGACACCAUGUUAUGUUCAUCACUUACGAAGAUCUGAAAGCAAACCCGGAAGAAACUGUGAUGAAGAUCGCCGAGUUCUUAGGGUGUAAGACAAUAGUUGAGGAGAUUGUGAAAGAGUGUAGCUUCGAGAAGCUGAGGAAAACAAGCAAAGAGAGAGGAGAGGGAGUUCACUGGAGUGGAACUAUGUAUGACAUGUUCUUCAGGAAAGGUGUGGUCGGAGAUUGGAAGAAUCAUCUGACACAAGAGAUGAUGAAAGAGCUUGAAGACAUUGCUGACCUGAAAUGGGCAGGAUCUGGUUUAGAUCUCAGCAUUUUUAAUAGAUGA